AUGAUCUCCGAGAUUGGCUCGGGGUCAAAGGGGAAGUCCCGCGCUCCCGACGUCAACUCUCCGCAGUCGGACCGAGAGACGGACCUGGAAUAUAUGGGCAUGCAUAGCGUCGUGGGGCGGGAGGCGGGCGAACGGGAUCCACUACUCCUCCGCGACAAGGUCAUAAGCGAUGACGCUAUUGAGGGGCUGAGACAGUACUCCAGGCGCAAGGGCAAGAAGGUGGCGGACUUUUAUGAGACGCAGAACGAGCAUAUCGACACCCUCCUCAAACCCUUGUCGACCCUCUCGGCCGAGGGCGCCCAGGAUGCCGCCGAUAACGCAUUCCGCGUCAAGCUCGCCGUCAACAUAUCGUUUGGGUGCAACUGCAUCCUAGCCGUCCUCCAGCUCUACGCGGCCAUCACUUCCGGCUCCCUCGCUCUCUUCGCCACCAUGGUCGACUCAGUCUUCGACCCUAUCGCCAAUCUCAUCCUAUGGAUCGCACAUCGGGCGGCCAACAAGGCCGAGGAGCGUAAAUGGCCACUCGGCGGAUCGCGGUUCGAGACGGCCGGCAAUAUCAUCUUUGGACACCUCAUGUUCGCCGUCAAUCUUAUCCUGGUGGUCCAGUCCAUUCGGGAGUUUGUCGAGCACGACGGAUCGGACGUGGACAAUUUCAACUUGACCAGUGUCAUUGUUGUCUGCGUGGCGUUUGGCGUUAAGCUCUCGUUAUUCAUCAUGUGCUAUGCCAUCAGGAAAUGGAGCAGCCAAGUGCAGGUGCUCUGGGAGGAUCACAGAAACGACCUCUUCACAAACGGCUUUGGUAUCCUGGCAGCCGUUGGAGGUGGCAAAAUUGCUUGGUGGAUUGACCCGGCGGGAGCUAUGACCAUCGCUCUGGUCGUGAUGGCGAUCUGGGCGAGGACCACCUACAAAGAGUUCCAGCAGUUGUGCGGCAUCACAGCUCCAGCCGAGUAUCAAAAUCUCGUCACCUACAAGGCGAUGACCUUCUCGCCCGAGAUCACCUCCAUCGACACAGUCAAGAUCUACCACAGCGGUCCCCAGUACUUUGUCGAGAUCGACAUUGUACUCCCGCCUGACAUGCCCCUCUGGCGAGCUCACGAUCUCUCUCAAGAUCUGCAAGAUCAGAUCGAGGCUCUGCCGGAUGUAGAUCGGUGCUUUGUGCACGUUGAUCAUGAGGUAGACCAUAAGCCUGAGCACCGAAAGAAGGUGUAA